GUCAAAGGGGACAUCGUAUUUUGCGGAAGUUGGAGGGGCUUUGAUUUCUGCAUAUUCGGAAAACCACCAUGUGCCGAGUCUGCUGUAAGCUCACUCACUUGUUAGAAAAAUGACCAAACUUUGGUUGCUUCUUCUCCUUUUUCAUGCAGUGUCUGCGGGAAGGCUCACUGACGAGGAAAAUGCAGAACUGAAGGAAAAGUGCGGUUCCGCCAAGUCACCAGAAUAUUCAUCAGCUUCACGUGUGAGGAGGCGAACACCAGUUACAGUUUCUGAAUAUCCCUUUGCAGCUGCGUUGUCUCUACAAGAUGUGAAUCCACUUAUAUAUGCCAUGUUUGGAACAGAAAAGGAUUCUGACAUAUCCGAUUGUAGCGGCGUGUUGAUUUCACCUCGGCACAUCCUGACUGCUGCACAUUGCUUAUACCCAAAGUUAGAAUUAUGGUGUCUUCUCAGCUUGCCCAUAGCAAAACGCCCACCGCAGCGCGUUCAUGUCUUCCUCCACAGCGAGUGCAACAAUGGCGAAUGUUGGGGAGACAAGGAAGAGCAUAAAGUUGCUUCUAUAGCAGUGCACUCAAGCUUCAAAGGUUGCGAAUUUGAACCUUCAAAUGACAUCGGAAUGAUAGAGCUGGAAGAGGACGUGGAUACUUCUCCUGUUUGCAUGCCCGAUGCGGAUUCUGUGACUUCUGGCCAGAAAACAUUCGAGUCUUUUGUAUACGGAAAAGGAGAUGAAUUGAACUCAGUGAGUUAUCAACAUAUACAGAAAAGCGGAAGCACUAUUUUUGUGUACAACAUGACUUCGGACCAUGGUUUAUUACCGGGAGACAGUGGAGGUCCACUCGUUCAAAAAAUCGAGGGAAAACACUACCUUUUCGGAAUAGCCUCGAGAGGUUUUCAUCGGACCCUUGUGGACGGAAAUGGCCUUGGUCUAAAAUUUCCGAUUGAUGGAACCUUCUUCACCGAUGUGCGCAAGUAUCUAGACUGGAUUUGCGAUGUAACAGGUGUCUGCUCUUCUUCUCAACCAACCAACUAUCCGCCACAGAUUUCAACGCCAGUGCCAGCAAUUUAUAGUCCGGCCUGGCCCCUCCCGACGCCACCGCCAGCAUAUUCCGGUCCGGCUUGGCCCUUCUCGACGCCAGCGCCAGCAUAUCGCGGUCCGGCCCGGCCCCUCUCGACGCCAUCGCGAGCAUAUCGCGGUCCUUCUUAGCCCUUCUCGACGCCAGCAUAUCGCGGUCCAGCUUGGCCCUUUUAAUAGCAAUUCAAAGUUGG